GGUGACCACUGCAGUCCUACUACAGUAUCUGUGCAGUCUCGGACGCUGUCAGAGGCUCGCUGUGUUGCUUUGUUGUGUUCACACUUUCUGACAGGUGACAGGGAACCCGGGCUCAGGCAUGGCUGGCGCGGUGGCACCGAAGCGGCAGGACACCCGGAAAUUCUUCGAGAAUCUGUCCGGGGCUGGCAAAUCCAUCGGGGUGCUGACCAGCGGAGGAGAUGCCCAAGGUAUGAAUGCGGCGGUCCGGGCUGUCGUCCGAAUGGGCAUCUACGUGGGAGCAAAGGUUUACUUCAUCCACGAGGGGUACCAGGGGAUGGUGGAUGGUGGAGACAAUAUCAAGGAGGCGACAUGGGAAAGUGUCUCCAGCAUGUUGCAAGUGGGUGGCACAGUCAUCGGCAGCGCCCGCUGUAAAGAGUUUCGUACCCACGAGGGCCGCUUGAAAGCCGCACACAACCUUGUGGAGCGCGGCAUCACCAACCUGUGUGUGAUUGGUGGUGACGGCAGCCUGACUGGAGCCAACCUGUUCAGAGAGGAGUGGAGCGGCCUGUUGGAUGAGCUCGUCCAGCAAGGUCUGAUCAGUGAGGAAGCAGCCCGCACUAACUCGGUGCUCCACAUCGUUGGCAUGGUCGGCUCCAUCGACAAUGACUUCUGCGGCACCGACAUGACAAUCGGCACCGACUCGGCACUGCACAGGAUCAUCGAGGUGGUGGACGCCAUCAUGACCACAGCUCAGAGCCACCAGAGGACAUUUGUGCUGGAGGUCAUGGGCAGGCACUGCGGAUACCUGGCCUUGGUCAGUGCCCUGGCUUGUGGUGCAGACUGGGUUUUUUUCCCAGAAAUGCCUCCUGAAGAUGGCUGGGAGGACAACAUGUGUCAGAAACUGUCUGAGAACCGCGCCGAUAAGAAAAGGCUGAACAUUAUUAUUGUAGCCGAGGGUGCCAUAGAUUGCCACAACAAGGCAAUAACUCCCGAUUAUAUCAAGGAACUGGUGGUACGCUGCCUGGGCUUUGACACCAGGGUCACCAUCCUGGGCCAUGUGCAGAGAGGUGGGACCCCCUCUGCCUUUGACAGGAUCCUGGCCAGUCGUAUGGGCGUGGAGGCAGUGUUGGCCUUACUGGAAGCCUCUGCCAGCACCCCGGCCUGCGUCGUGUCUCUGGUUGGCAACCAGGCUGUUCGGCUACCACUUAUGGAGUGUGUUCAGAUGACCCAAGAGGUUCAGAAGGCCAUGGAUGAGAAGAAGUUUGAAGAAGCAGUGAGACUGCGUGGCAGGAGCUUUGAAAACAAUCUGAGCACCUACAGACUCCUCUCCUACCGGAAAGCAGAUUCUGAGCUUCCAAAUAGCUCCUUUAACGUUGCAGUGUUGAACGUCGGCGCCCCGGCAGCAGGUAUGAACGCCGCCGUGCGUUCUGCUGUCAGAGUGGGAAUCACUGAGGGCCACAAGAUGUUUGCUGUCAACGACGGCUUCGAGGGAUUCUACAAGGGACAGAUCAAGGAGAUCAAAUGGGGAGAUGUCGGUGGUUGGACUGGCCAAGGAGGCUCCCUGCUGGGGACCAAACGAACUCUUCCAGGCAAACACCUGGAUAAGAUUGCUGAGCAGAUUCGGAUCCAUAACAUCAGCGCCCUGCUCGUCAUCGGAGGAUUUGAGGCCUACGUGGGAUUACUGGAACUUUCUGCUGCACGGGACAAAUAUAACGAGUUCUGUGUGCCCAUGGUUAUGGUCCCCGCCACCGUCUCCAACAAUAUACCUGGUUCAGACCUCAGCAUUGGCUCAGACACCGCUCUGAAUGCCAUUACUGAUGCCUUUGAGUCCCUGCUGCAGCUGUACGAGGCCCGGGCCGACUACGAGGAGCUUUGCAUCCCGAUGUGCAUGCUGCCUGCCACGAUUAGUAACAAUGUGCCCGGCACCGACCUCAGUAUCGGCGCUGACACGUCCCUCAACGCCAUCGUGGAGACAUGCGACCGCAUCAAGCAGUCAGCCAGUGGCACCAAGCGGCGUGUCUUCAUCAUUGAGACCAUGGGGGGCUACUGUGGCUACCUGGCCACGGUGGGCGGUCUGGCUGCGGGCGCCGACACCGUCUACAUCUACGAGGAGCCGUUUGACAUCCGGGACCUGCAGGCCAACGUGGAGCAUUUGACGCAGAAGAUGAAGACGAGCAUCCAGAGAGGCUUAGUGCUCAGAAAUGAGAACUGCAAUGAGAACUUCACCACUGACUUCGUCUACCAGCUGUACACCGAGGAGGGUCGAGGAGUGUUUGACUGUAGGAAGAACAUCCUUGGUCAUAUGCAGCAGGGAGGAGCUCCAUCACCAUUUGAUAGAAACUUUGGCACCAAAGUUGCUGCUAAAGCCAUCCAGUGGAUCACACGGACGCUCAAGGACUCUUACAAAGGAGGGCGAGUGUUUGCCAACUCAGAGGACACUGCCUGCCUGUUGGGGAUGCGGCGCAGAGCUAUGGUGUUUCAGCCUGUGGCACAGCUCCGGGACGAGACUGACUUUGUCCACAGGAUCCCCAAGGAGCAGUGGUGGCUGAAGCUCCGUCCGCUGAUGAAAAUCCUGGCCAAGUACAAGACAAGCUACGACGUGUCCGACUCCGGCCAGCUGGAACACGUGACCCGGGUCCGACCCAAGGAGACCAACACCUCGUCGACCAUCUGAACCGAUCACACUGCUGCCAGAGAAGAGCUUCACUCCAACGAGAAAACGGCUUCACAAAACCGUGACAGCUACUCACACAAUGACUGAUUGACCGCUGAUUGACUGCAGAUAAAUUAAGGUAGAUUUUAAGAGAUUCAUUAAGAGAGGUCAUUUAAAAGGUUAUAUUGAAUGGAAACAUUGUGGCACUUUUCAGAAGGGAUCUUCUAUAUUUUAGAUAAUGACUGAUGAGAAAGCUCUUUACGUAGUUGUUAGCAGAGCUGACACUGUAUUUCCUAGAUCCCCCGAUUAAAGUUAUUAUAGAAUUAAAUAUAUAUAUAUGCACUCCUCAUUAUGUACUGUAUAAGUAUUCAAGUUUUAGUCCUAAAAAUGUAGCUAUCUUUUUUUUUAAAGCUACCUAGCUGAGCAAACCUUUGUGUUGUGUUAACACUGCCAGGCUGAGGUGGGUGGUGCAUUUAAAGUCUAGCUUCAGUCAUUUGUAUUAAUUUCUACAGCACUUUGAGCCCCAUAAUUAUUGUAAUCCCCUAAAGCUGCUCAUAAAGAGAGAAUAUAUGCCAGGAGGAUCACAUGCUGUCAGCCUAACGCCUGAUCACACCUUGAAAACAGUCUAACAUCUCGACUGUAAAAUGCUUCAAAUGAAAACUUGAAGGAAAAUGUGACCUACAGGAGGUUUAGUGAGUCAAGCUGGCCGUGCGUUUCCUACCACCUGCUAAUUGUGUGUGUCUGAGUGUGUGUGUGUGUGUGUUGUGGUGUUGCCUUUGCCGUCUGUAUCCACUCUGGGCUUUGUAUGUGGCAUCUUUAUAAUGGUAUUUGUGAGUUAGGUCAUGCUGUUGCUGUAGUUUGGCAGUGAAGUGGAGGGUGUCUGAAACCUGUAUGCAACAUUAACUUAAUGUGAUGGCAGUGUGAUGUGAGUGUCCUGUCACAGUAAUAAAGCAUUUAUUGUGUGGAAA